AAUAUAUUUAAUGUAUUUAAUAUAUUUUAUAUAUUUAAUAUAUUUAACAUAUUUAACAUCUUGUGAUGGAUCCUGUGAGGAGGAAGUCGUGUCUGCGUCUCAGAGGAAACUGUCCUAUCAGGAAGCUCCUCAGACGGACAUACGAUGUGUCAGCAGCAAACUCUUCUCCUAUUGGCUCCUACUGGAACUACGUAGCCCCACCCACUGGCAGCCAGCCAAUCACAGAGAGGUCACAGCCCCUCCCCCAUCCCUGCUGCUGCCAGAGGGUCUCUUCUUCCGACCAAUCAGAGGCAGCCGCAGAUGUUCCCAUGGAGGAGACCCAGCAGAACCAGACCCACAACCAGACCCAGCAGACCCAGCAGAACCAGACCCACAACCAGACCCAGCAGAACCAGACCCACAACCAGACCCACAACCAGACCCAGGGGAACCAGACCCAGCAGACCCAGCAGAACCAAACCCAGCAGACCCAGACCCAGGGGAACCCUGAGGCCCGGGCGGUGGACUUUAUGGAUCUGGACGAUGACGUUGAUCCUGAAACUGGAGAGAAAUCGCAGGGAUGAGCCGACCAAUCAGAGACGGGGAUGAGCCGACCAAUCA